CGCCGCGCGGCAGUCUGACGUCAGGCGCGAGAGGCGCCCCGCACAUCAAUACGUCGCCGAGGCGUACCGCCACCGAGACCGCUGCUGCCGCCGCCGCCGCCGCCGCCAAGGAUUCUCGCCGAGAGCGUCGCCGAACAGUGCAGUGCAGUGCGUGUACAUACCCCACCGUCAAGGAGCGGCGAAACUGCGGCGUGCGUGUGCACCACCUCUGCCUCCAGACGCUGCCCCCAGGUCAAGUGAUAACAGUGAUAACAACGCGAAAUGGCUGCACCAGGAGCACCAGAAAAUUUGGGCCCACCGGAGCCACAAACCGGCCCCGAUGGCGAGAUCAUCGGGGGGCCGCGCACCCCCCAGCAGAUUGCCGCCCAGCGCCGGCUGCAACAAACGCAAGCGCAGGUCGACGAGGUCGUGGACAUCAUGAAGACCAACGUCGAGAAGGUGCUGGAGCGUGAUCAGAAGCUCUCCGAGUUGGAUGAUCGAGCAGAUGCUUUACAACAGGGCGCCUCGCAAUUUGAACAGCAAGCCGGCAAGUUGAAACGAAAGUUCUGGUUGCAAAACUUGAAGAUGAUGAUAAUAAUGGGCGUUAUCGGCCUUAUCAUUAUUGUUAUUAUAGGCAGUAAGUACACCCACUCAAUAACUCCCAAAAAAAUCUCAAAGAAAAAAAAAUCUCAAAUCUCAACGCAAUCAAAGUCUUCAACUGCAACUGCAACUGCAACUAAAAUCACCAAUCAAUAUCUGCAACUACUUUUGCUCUUUUCCUCUUUUUUGCAGUGAACUUCAUGUAAAACUCACUCACAAAACACACAAACUGUACACAAAACACACAAGCAAAACAACAACAAAUGCCAAUAAAUCCUUCGUGCGCAUGCGCAGUAUGAAAGCCAAUGAAUGAACACAGAAUGAAUGUGCGAACGAAUGCGUGAAUACAAACAUUGAAUACAAAUAAAAUAAAAAUAAAAAUAACAGAAUAAUACAGAACCGAAUGCGAUCGGCAGCGUCAAACUCCCGAAGCACAACCCCUUCGACCUUUGGCCGCUGUCAAAAACUCGCAAAUUGGUAAUUAGUAUAUUCGUGUCAGAGCCGUGCCCGAAACUAGCCCCCACCCUACUGUUGAUUUAUAUUAUAAACCAAUCGCAGACGAACAAAUACUUAUAGCAUCUCCCUGUUGAAACAACUGUCAAAACUGUCAAAAACUGUCAAAUCUGUCAAUAUUUGUGGAUUGGUAUAUUUCUUGAUGUUAUUUACUCUUCUGUCAGCUGUCAUCUUUGCUUUAGUAUGUGUGUAUGUGUGUGUGUGUUCAAAAUGGCCGCGGUGUCAAAAUGGCGGAGGUGCAUGAUAGUUAUUUGUGUGUAGAGGAAAA